CUCACCCUGCCCCCAACCCCACUCCCUAGAUUUCUGCAGUCAAAAACCUAGGAACCGGGCAGGCCGAGUUGUUGUUGUUUGAUAUUCUGCCCUCCAAAAGACAUGUCUCACCGUCCUCAGCAAACUGUAAAGUGAUCCCAGCAGACAAUAUCUACUGAGGGUGUUUGAAAAUGGCAGAUAUCGGCAAACUUGCUGUAUAUCUGCCACCUUUCUACUUGAAUAUUUUUGUCUUUCUGGCUUUGACGUAUUGUUAUUCACAUCGCUGAACGAUAGAGGUCAGGAUUUAAGUAAAAUCACACAAAGCACUUUUAAAUAUGAGAACUUUAUAUCUGGGCAGGACAAGGAUGAUGGAGCUCAGUGUUUGGUUUUCAAUGUGAGGCUGCCUGCAGUUGGCAGCAGUCAAUGACUGCUUGAGCACAGCACUGUUACUACAAUUGAGGGGCAUCCUGGGCUAUUUUGAGGCGUAAUGGAGGAUGUGACAACCCAGUUGUCAAUGAAAACUAUUAUACACAUCCCCUACAACCAAUGGAUUUUGGGGUCUAUAUGAGGGUGAACAACACUUAUCUGCCGAUCAUCCCCCAUCUCUUGGUUGGUCGGCUCACUGAUCAGGUCCAGGAUGGAGUGCAGAUUGAGUACUUUUCUCAUGCACUGUUGGUAAUUGGUAAAGGUGCGAGGCAGCGGGCCUAAAGGACAAUGAACAGAACAAUGAAGUGCGGUGGCCAGUCAGAUGUGAUGUCACCUGCCGAGGUCCCAAUAGGUUGGCAGCGGAAGAUCCACCAGAGCCGGGUUGUUUACAUCAGUCCCAGUGGAUCUGUGCUGGCAUGUCUGGAAGAAGCUAAGACUUACCUUCUCUCUGAUGGCACCUGCAAGUGUGGUCUGGAGUGUCCACUCAUACCUCAUAAGGUGUUUAACUUUGAUGCUGGGGCUGCAGUUAAACAGAGGACAGCUGAGGAUGCCAAAACAGACUCUGAUGUCACCAAGCUGUGCAUCCACAAGAGAAAGAUCAUUGCCGUGGCAACCCUGCACAGGAGCAUGGGCUCCAAGCUGCCAACUGCUCCCAUUGGAGCUGGUAAGAUGAGUUCUUUAAACAAUCAUCAAGCAAAAAGGAACGAUGUGCUCAAUGGUUCAUCCAACAAUGUCUCAUUAGACGGCAAAAAAUCCUACAAGAUGCCAAUUUCUGGUCAUCGGCACUACCAACAUGAACUGGGCUCUCCUCCUCCAUACACAUCCCAUGUCAGGGCAAGGCAUUGUGGUGGUGGUGGUGGUGGUGACCACAAUGCUCAAAGGUCCCCAUAUCGCAACCACCGUAGCGGCUUCCUUACCCCCCCAUCAUCCACUUCCUGUAGCUUGCUGCAUUAUGAUGAUGGAAACCCAUCUCAUGAGCCCGAUCCUCUGAGGAGCCCUGAUCCCUCAGUUCUCAGUUUUCAUAGAACUUUAAGCCCGGGUUCUGCUCAUAAGAACGGGGAGUGCUUUACCCCUCUUUCACCGCCUCACAUCAUGGUCCGCAGUUCUCCUUCAGGCACUAAACUGUCUUUCGCUGUGGGUGGGAUGACAAAUGUCCCCUUAUCGCCCUCACUUAACACCAAAAGCCCCAAUAGACAGAAAUCACCCUGCAGCCUUCCUCCAAAUGUCAACUACCAGCGUAAUGCUCUGUCUGCCUGCUACACGCAGCCGUUACCUCCCUGUGUCAUACAGAAGAAGCCAGUGCCAUCUUCAGAAAAGGACCCCCUUGGUAUCCUUGACCCAAUUCCGAGCAAAAAUCACAUCCAGGACCAAAUUGUUUCCACCCAGUCAAGCCUCCAAUUCCAUUUCCACCCUCAGGUUUCAUGUAUGAGUGCAACUAUCCCUCCCUCUAUUGUCCCGUUACCAAGCAACCUCCCCUUACCAGUGGUUAAGUCUGCACCUGUUGGGCAUGGCCUGAGAUGUCAUUACCCAACCCCCUCAUCCGUCUCAUCAUCACCCAUCACAUCACCAGUGCACAUAGCUGGCCCUGCUCCCAUUAGGGUUGAGGAGACUUUCAAUCCACAGUCCUCUGUUUCUUCUUCCACCCAGUUUGGGAAUUGUCCUCUCUCUAUGCGCAUGCAGAUGUCAAAGCUCCCUUCUCGAUCACCUCGAACCUCCAUGGCAUCACCCAGGACAUCUUUGCCUCUCCAACACCUUAAGGAGGCUGCCAACCAGCUGGAAGGGGGUGUGAGCAGGCAUCCCUACUCUCUUUGCCCUCCAGCUCUUGGAUGUGACAGUGUCAGUCAGAGCAACCACUCUCUGGGAGGGGCCUCACAACAACUACUGGAUCAACAGAAUCCCUCCUCUUUCCCGGCUAGCAGUCUGCUGUCAGCAGCAGCCAAAGCACAGCUAGAUAAUCAUAACAAAGUGGCCAUCAAGACAUCAACAGUAGAGGCCCAGGCUGGUGGUGUAGGACAGGCAGGGCUGGUUGGUGGUGGCAGGCAAAUGUACAGUGAUGGGUACAGUAUUUCAGAUCCCAAAUAUCUACCAAGUUCUGGACUAAAUUUUAGCGACAAUCAAAGUGGAAAAGCAGCACUCAGAGACAAACUCAUGGCCCAGCAGAGAGACGUGCUUCUUAAGCAUAAAACGCCAAGAAAGACUGGAGGUGACACGUCGUCCUUCAGUGUGAACAUCCAGCAUAGAUCUGGCUCUUCUAGCUAUGUGGAGUCCAUGAAGAGACUUCUGCACCAGGACACUCUGCCCAUUAACACCUCAGUGGGACAUCCUGUCCAGUCAAUUAGCCACCAAAGUUCCCAGAAUGGCCUUAGUCAUGCUGGCCACCACCCAGCCAAGUCUGGCAACUCUCCAUUCUUUGAUGAAUGUGCGCCUCAGAUUUCAGCUUUGCAGAAUGUGCAUGGACCUCAUCAACUCCGUGAUAGAGUGGAGAUCUCCAGUCAUCAGAGCCUUGGCAAAAGAAAUGAUAAUACAGAGGUGACAGUUGUGACAGACCACUCUGGAUCCAACAGUCAUGCACCCCAGAGUGUGAGUUAG